AUGAAUUCAACGUCUUCGAAAACAAAAGAAGAGAAUUACAACAACAACAACAACAACAACAACUAUAGUCUAGGAGGAGGAGGAAGAGGAGGAGGAAAGAAGAGAGGUUAUAACGAUAACGGAGGCGAGUAUAAUCAUCAUAACUAUAAUCAGAGAGUGAAACUGAGCAAGAACACGUAUUCGAGAGGCGGGAAAGACUCGUUAAAUGCGAACGCGUCUUCGUUCACUCCGUCGGUUUCAUUUGCAAAAGAACAAGAGAGAAAAAAACGAGAGUUGCAACAAAAGUUACUCUUGAUGGAGAGGCAAAAAGCUGAAUUAAAGGCAAAAGUAGAAGAAGCGGCGAGAUUAGCUAAAUUGAAAGAGGAGCAGGAAGAAGAACGGGUGACAAAGCGGUUCAAGGAGGAGCAAGAGUUGAAGAAAGAAAAGGCGAAACGCGCCGGCAAUCUUCUCUCGGGCUUCAAAGACUCUCUAAAAAACAAAGGAGACGUAGGAAAUGGAGGACAAGAUACCGCGGAUGCGAAGAAAACCAACGCUGAAAAUGAAACGAAGAAACAAAUAGAGAGGGUGUUGCAAGCAGGGACGGAUUGGGCGGUUUUGAAUCUUCCGAGAGGAUCGAAAAAGAAAUGGCUGACGCAGUCGUAUCGAGAACUCGCGAGAAGUUUACACCCGGAUAAAUGCGCGUUACCUCGAGCAAAACAGGCGUUUCAACGAGUAAAAGAAGCGUACGAAAACCUUAGCAAAGAUGCAGUCGAAUAA